CGGGCCGUUCCUUCUUUGAAUCUCAUAUCCUGACCUUGAUCGUGUGUCUCACAUGCAACUAAUAAAUUUGGAACGGGGGGUUGGCGGAUCAAUCCAAAUAGUAUCGAUACCAAAGUCAGGGAAUAACCACAGGAGCGCUUCGGGGGCAAAAAGACAGAGAAUUUGAAUCAACACCAAAAGUUGGGGAGAAAAGAUGGCCGCCAUGCAGGUUAUUUCCUUGAUGUUGCUGUCUGUCCUGGCAGCAAACGCUCAGGUCACCAUGCCAGGAAGAUGCCCCAAACCUGCUGUACAGGCCAACUUUGACAUUGCCAGGUAUCUGGGGAAGUGGUACGGAAUCCAGAGGCUACCUCACUCCUUCCAAAGGGGACAGUGCAGUACUGCCACCUACAGCCUGAGGAGCCCUGGAGUUGUUGGGGUUCUCAACAGGGCGCUGCUUGCUGAUGGGCGCAUUACCUCAAUAACUGGGUCUGCCACUGCUAAAGACCCCUCUGAGCCCGCCAAGCUGCAGGUGUCUUUUUAUGAGGACUCUCCCCCUGCGCCUUACUGGGUCCUGGCAUCAGACUACGACAACUACGCCCUGGUCUACAGUUGCACGGACCUCGAGUUGGUCCACAACGACUCAGUUUGGAUUAUGAGCAGGAGGCCCACUCUGGCUGAGGAGACCUUGGAGGAGCUGCACAGCACUUUGACCUCCAUCGGUGUCAGAGUGGACAAGCUGCUCAGCACCAAUCAGGAUGUGGCUUACUGCAAAGCCAUGAACCAAUGA